GUCAACUGUUCGCUCUUGCGCCAAGCCGGUAAAGCACAAGGUAGACUGUCAGUCUUUGAGUCAGGUACUGUGCUGGUGUUUACAAACAAACAAAACGGGCCAUGUUUGAGAUGAUUGGGUCAGAGGCCUCCUACCUGAAGAGUCUGAUGGUUGCUGUGAGUCAUUUCCUGGGGUCACAGGAGCUGCAACUGAUCCUGGCCAAAAUGGAGCAUCACAUCCUGUUCUCAAACCUCACUGAGGUCAAGAGGGUCAGUGAGAGACGGGAGAACCGAGAGUUUGUUGAAGUCCUGAGGAAACUGGAGGAUGCCCCUGUCUGCCAGAGGCAGAACAUCAAGUCCUUCCUGGUUCUGCCUUUUCAGCGAAUCGCACGUCUGCGCAUCAUCCUGGAGAUUGACAGUGGUGUCCAAUGCAUGAAGCCGACGGAGGAACUGGUGCACCUGGAUAAGCUGGUUGAUUUUGGCAGUGUGAAGAGUGGGACGUUUCAGUGUGCUGGACUACUCUGCAUUUCCAGCUCACGUGGAGGUGGGGCUGCUAAAGACCGAAAUCCUGGGCCUGCCUUCUGAGUCUUUCCUGCUGCGCCUCUCACAGAACCACGCCGGUGCCCCCACCACCCUCAUCCUCACUGCGGACACUAGCUCAGACAGAGAGGGCUGGAUCGCCAAUGGGACAAAUACACAGCACCUGACCGCCUUCCUGGAGGAUAACAAACCCAUGUCCUUGGAAGAUUUGUAAUGUAUGAGUCAAGGGCCAGUUCUGUUGUGAGCCUGUUUUAAUUGGUUGUUGAUGUCAAAG